AUGGCUAACAUAGCAUCACAAGAAGAACUUUUUAGUCAGAUUAAAAGGCUUCUCACCAAUCACAAGAAAACUUCGUCAACGCGUUAUACAGCAAGUUACUUGAAAAUACGUAUAGAGUCGCUUGAAGAAUACUGGAAUCAAUUCCUUACUGAGCACCGAGAAAUUUUAAAGUCUUCAGUAAGCGUCGAUGAGAAAAAGGAACUGAAAGCGCUCUACAAUGAUGUCGAAGAUUUCUAUAUGGAGUUCAAGACUAGUUUGUUAGAACUGACGGAAUCUGUCACAACUCAAGAAGGUGCCUCACCUCAAGUGCCUCAUGCAUCACAACCUCAAGUUGUCACAAAGAGUAAACUCCCGCCGAUAAACCUCCCUUCGUUUUCCGGUGAUUACCAAGAAUGGAUGCACUUCAAGGAUUUGUUUAUCUCUAUGGUACACAAUGAGCCGGGUCUGAGUGACAUACACAAGCAUCAUUAUUUGAGGUCAAGCUUGAAGGGUGAAGCAGAACAAGUCGUCCGUCAUUUCGAACUCACAGCUGCCAACUAUGGGAAGGCUUGGAACGCCUUAGUCUGCCGCUACAGCAAUGAUAGGGUUAUAGCUAAUACCAUACUGAAUCGCCUGCUUAAUCAGAAGAAACUCACGUACGAAUGCUCUAAAGGCCUCAAGGAUCUUCUUGAUACUACAAACCAGUGUCUCAGUAGUCUAGCGAAUUUGAAGAUUGACACAACUACUUGGGAUUCGAUCAUAGUGCAUAUUGUAGUAUCCAAGUUAGAUAGUGAAACUCACAAAGCUUGGGAGCAAUCACUUGGUUCUUCUAUAGAGUUACCCAGUUAUAAGAAGCUCACAUCAUACUUAGAGGGACGAUUCAGAGCGAUGGAAAUGGUACAAGCGACACAGAAGAAAGAUAAGAAAGAUACCACAUUACAACAACCAGCUACUGCACCUAAAAUAAAGAAUGUGAGAUCUUUCACCGCUGAAGUUGAUACGGAAUGCACAUAUUGUAAGAAAAGUCACUACAUCUGUCACUGCACUGAAUUUGCACAACUCGACAUAGAUCAACGUAAAGAAUUUGUAAAGAACAACAACUUAUGCUUCAAUUGCCUUGUCAAAGGACAUUCCAUACGGAAUUGUAGACAAGCCACAACGUGUAAAACCUGUAAUCGCAAACACCAUACGCUUUUGCACUACCAGAGUAUAACUGCGAAUACAGUCACUAUGGAGACACCCACAGAACCUGAGGACACACAAAUUAAGGAACUCACAAGUCUGAAGGUUUCACAAAAAGGCAAGAAAGUGAUAUUGGCCACGGCACAGAUAUAUGUGAAGGAUAGCAGUGGUUCUCUCGUUCAGCUUAGAGCCCUUGUUGACCAAGGCUCAGAAGGCACCUUCAUUACGGAGUCUGCAGUGCAACUGCUGCGACUGAAGAAGACUUUCCAGCCAGCUAAUAUCACGGGUCUUGAAAAUCAAACUUCAGUGCCACGAUACGUCGUUAACUUAGAUAUUUACUCACCGAUAGACACUCACUAUGUAAUGCAAGUUGACGCUCACGUACUCUCGAAGAUUAAUAGUUGGUUACCCUCAAAGGAGUUUGACAUCUCACAAUGGCCUGCCCUGUCCCAAUUGCAACUAGCAGACCCUCACAUGCAAUCGCCGGGACCUAUUGAUGUUCUACUGGGCGCCGAGGUCUAUGCAUUUAUUUUGCUAGACGGACUACACAAAUAUAACGAUGACAAGCUUAUAGCACAAAACUCGAAACUCGGAUGGUUUGUCUCUGGAGCUUCUCAAUCACGAAGUGAUCUGCCACCUCACAAUAUCGUAGCACACCACGCACUUAUCGAGGUAGAUCAACUCCUACGCAAAUUCUGGGAGACUGAAGAGUACAAGCCACAUGAGAAACCUAUGACACAUCUUGAGACACAAUGUGAAGAGCACUAUAUAGAAACUCACUCAAGACAAGAAGAUGGUCGUUACGUCGUACGCUUACCGUUUAAAGAUGACCACGAAAAGAACUUAGGCGAUUCUCGACAAAUCGCACUACAGAGACUGAUGCACAUGGAGAAGAGAUUCGCAAACAAGCCUAAAUUUCAGAAGGAUUAUGCGGACUUCAUAGAUCAAUAUCAGAAGCUGAAUCACUUAGAAGAUGUAGACCCACAACAUAAGCCAACUCACAAAGUCUACCAUCUCCCACAUCACGCUGUGAUAAGAGAAUCCAGCAGCACCACAAAGCUUCGUGUGGUCUUUGAUGGCACUGCGCAGCCGUCAAAUGGCUCAUCUCUGAACGACGAAUUACUCAUAGGACCAUCACUAUUGCAAGACUUACGAGAUCUUAUUAUUCGUUGGCGUACUCACAAGAUAUGUCUGCUUGCUGACGUGAAGCAAAUGUAUCGCCAAAUACUCGUCGCUAAAGAAGAUGUAGACUAUCAGCGCAUACUGUGGCGCGCAUCUCCACAAGAUGAAAUCGUCGAGAAACGUUUGUUAACUGUGACAUAUGGUACGUCAUGUGCUCCGUUCCUCGCUAUUCGCACCCUGAAGCAGCUUGCACAAGAUGAAAAAGAGGAAUUCCCAGACUUAGUUGAAGUCAUAAGUAAUGACUUUUAUAUGGAUGACUUACUCACAGGUGCGAAUGACGUGGAACAAGCUACUAGGUUACAGAGUCGUAUCACACAAGCUAUGGCUAAUGGUAAAUUUGAGAUGCACAUCCAACAGUCCUGA